ACCCAAACAAGGGCAUGUAAGUUGUGACAGACAACCUUCUUGCCGGCUCUAGAAUGAGAUGUAACCUAACCACGACUGCAAUUUUUAGCUACCGGUAACUACGACCGCAAUGCCUCCCCGCGACAACACCGAUACCUUGGCCCCGGCCUCAGACCUCCAGCGCGCUCUCGGUGCGGCUCGCAAAACCCGCGAGUCCCAAGAACAAGCCUAUGCCGCUUUGGAGGAGUCUGUUGCCAUUGCUGCUGAAGAGCAGGCCCGGGAACUGCGUAAGGAGAAGGAAAGGGCAGACGGAUGGAAACAAAGGUCAGAUCUGUGGAAGGAGAGAUCGGAUACGUGGAAGAAGAGGGCCAAAGAUGCGGAAGCAAGAGAAACGGCAGUGGGGGAGCGGGAGAAGCAAAUCGAGGACCGCGAGAAAGAAGUCGAGAGGCGUGAAAAGGAGGCUGAGGAGAGAGAGAAAGCGAUUGAAGAGAGGGACAAGAGAACGGAGGCUCGAGAAGCGAGGAUGGAAUUGCGGGAAAAGAGGAUGGAACUGCGAGAAAAGACGAUGGAGGAGAGCCUUAAUAGCCUCCUCCGUACAAUGAAGGAUGUUCGUGUCAAGGACAAGCAGAUGGCCAAGGAGGAGGACAGCAAGGUCGGAGCGGAGCUGCGUGGCCUGCGCCGGUCGGUGACGGACCAAAUGACGGCCAUGAAGAGGGAUCUGGGAAGCAAGUUGGACAAUACCAUACAUCAGACUCUGGCUUUGCUUGAUGAGGAUCGCAAGCGGGCUAGAGAAGCUGAAGUUGGUCACGGCUGUGGGCAUCCGAGCAAGCGUGUGAGGCAGGAAGAAGACUUGGGGAGUAAUCUUGAGCAGGCUGUGUGGGCGGUGAUGAAGAAAGUGGACAACCGCAAAGGUGGUGAGGAGUACGGAAAGAUAAGUUUGGACCGCGCGUUGAGCCUUCUAGCAUUCAUCUACACUGAGUGCAAUGAGGCGAAGUUGGGUUUGUGGCUGGACUUUCAGCAUAACGCCCCAGCUGGGAAGGUCUUCUGUUUGUUUGGGGUCUUGAAUUUUGGGUAUAGGGACUUUAUGGUUUCCCAAGGAUGUUGUUGUUGUAGUCAGCCUGAUGCGACUGAUAUGAUCAUAGACCCGGAAUUGGUUUGGAAUGAUGAUGGCCACUGUGUAGUAGUGUCGGUAAUGGAUGAUGGUAGGCUAUUCUUUGAUUGGGCACCUCAGAACGACGAGGAAUACGACGAAGAGGCAAUGGAGAUUAUGGAGGCUGGGGUGGACCGGUAUACAGGGACUUCGUCCUUGUUGCCUUUGACAGAUAGAGGUAUGGAUGAUUAUUGAAGUAAGCCAUGUCAGUUGGUUCCAAGUUAAAGAAGAUGA